UGGAGACAGAACUACCUGCAGACGUACCACGGCAGCUGUUGUAGCUAGCUAGCAACUACGACUACUACGACUACUACGACUACUACUACUACGACUCCAGCUAUAUCAGUGAUACAUACAGAAAUAAAAAAAAAGAUAAUUAAAAAAUGGAACACCAGAAGGCAGCUGCAGAAAUGAACAGAGUUUGCAAUGGGAACAUUGUAGCUGAACACAAUUGCCAUAGGGGGUUCAAUGAAGAAGCCAUGAUACAGUCGAAGAAGGCGGCCGUGCAGAAUAAACAUGAGAAGUCCCGCAAGGAGAGCGAAGACGAGUCCAAACUACCAGCCCUGGAAGCGGCGUACAGCACCAUCCUGAAGGGGCUCGGGGAGAACACAGACCGUCAGGGGCUGCUUCUGACUCCCCGGAGAGCGGCCAAAGCCAUGCAGUUUCUAACUAAAGGCUACCACGAAACCGUCUACGAGAUCCUUAAUGAUGCCAUCUUCGAUGAAGAUCACGAUGAGAUGGUGAUUGUGAAGGACAUUGAUAUGUUCUCCUUGUGCGAGCAUCACCUGGUGCCGUUCUUCGGCAAGGUUCACAUAGGAUAUCUCCCUAACAAAAGGGUUGUUGGACUGAGCAAGCUGGCAAGGAUUGUUGAAAUCUUCAGCCGCAGACUUCAAGUUCAAGAACGACUGACGAAGCAGAUAGCGUUAGCGAUCACAGAGGCUCUGAAUCCAGCAGGAGUAGCGGUAGUUAUUGAGGCUGUUCACAUGUGCAUGGUGAUGAGGGGCGUGCAGAAGAUGAACAGCCAGACCAUCACCAGCACCAUGCUGGGGGUGUUCAGAGAGGACACCAAGACCCGGGAAGAGUUCCUCUCGCUGGUGAGGAGCUGAGCCACCCCUACCCUACCUCAAACCGGGACCCCCGGAGCACUCAGGAAACAGGAGCUCUUUCUGCACAGGCGUCGCAGGGAGACCCCUCUUCCCCUCUCUCGCCAUCUCUUUUUACAAUGAUGUUUUUAAUAUAGUAACUGGGUAAUGCUUUUAACCUCUCUAAGGUCAUGUUUCUACUGCAUGAGUGGCAGAAAAUAUCAGUAACUAUUUUUUUAUUAAAAUAAAAACAAAACCUAAACAUAGCAAUAACAUUGUGAAAUCAUAUUGAAAACACUGUAUAAAUGUUUACAGUUACACGGCUUCAUUCCAAAAGCCACAAGAACUCAUUUUAAGAAGCCUUAUUCAACAUUCCAGUUCCAAUCAGAUUACAUUUACUGUUUAGCAAAACUCUUUAAUAGUGUUACUACUUAUUGGUGCCGGUGUGUUUCUGCUUUCUCACACAAAGGGUGUUCUUUUAGUGGAGUGUAUUUCUGGAAAAACUGUGCAGUCACUUGUACAGAAACAGAUUGGUUUUCUCAAUGACCUGUGCCUUGAAAAUGUGUGUGCAAUAUUGAUAACAUUGGAGCAUAUGAAUGUAAUUUUGUACAUAUACAUAUUUAAGCAAAUAUCAGGAGCACCAUUUUAGCAUAACCCACAAAGCUGCUACUUUGUGAUGUUACCUCACACCAGAAUGGAGCUGUUUCAACAUGUUCUAACAUGUUUAAAUCAAAUGUGAAGAAAAGAUUCUCAAUCGGUUCAGUUUUUUUUUUUUUAAUUGGUUUAGCUGUAGUAAUCAUUGUUGUAGAUCAAUUUGUAAAGACAGUGUCAUCAUUGCCUACGUCGUUACGUUACAUUUAAAAAAAAUUAAUAAAUCAAUUCCAGAAUCCUGUUUUCUGAAGAAACACGGCCUGUUUUUAUGAAGGUUGUAAUUUGUCAAUACAUGUAACCCAGAUUUUAAAAGCAGGUUUUACCCUGAGUGUUCAGUAGUCGCUGUAAGGAUAUUUCCAGCACUGUAAAGACUCACACUCAGUGAAUUGUACCUGUUAUCAAAGACCAGUAUUGUCUGUCUGAGUAUUCAUGUGGCCUUGCAGACUCUUGGUGGUAUUGAGGUACACCUUUCACUUUGUAACAUUGCGUUUGGUCGGCUCUCUGAAUGUCUGAUCUGUUUGAAAUGCUUGAUGUAACUCUUUUAACAGUAAACACUGCUUUUUAUACAGUAUAACCCUUGUCAUGUUUAAAGCAACUGUUUUAAAAUACUAUAUUAUGCUGUCUUUCCCUAAUAAAUAUUCAAUUUUGUGCCAUAACGUUGUACUGUGGUCU